UUCGGGGCCGUCGAUGGGAGUGAGAAACGGUUGAGAUAUAUCCAUCGUUUUACGCCGUCUUCCUCACCCAUUCUCCACGGAGAAACCCCUCUUAAAACCCUGGGCGGGCGGCUGAGGCAGAAGAAUCCCUUCAGCAACUCUGCAACUCUUCGCCAUCGGACAUUGCACAAUUGCAAGUCGAACGCGACGGGAGCUCUCUCUCGCUCUCUUUCUCUCCUGGUUGAUGGGAAUAUAUUGAGGGGAAGUAAUGAUUCGUCGUCGAUUGAGCGGGGGUCUGUGGAGGUCCAGCCAUGGAGUCACAACAUCUUGGUUGAAUCUCCACCUCUCUGGUUCAGCGGGCAGCCUUCUUAAGGAGGAGAAGAAGCACGAGAGCUACCGCCUCAUCAGGAGGGCGGGCUUCGUGGACGUGAAGAUGAAGUGGGUGAGAGACAGGGGACUUGACCACGCUGUGGAGAAGGAGAAGCACCUCCGGCCAACGGUGGCCCUCAAGAAUCUCAUAAAGAGGGAGCCUCGCCGGUGCCUCCCCGUCUCCAUUGCGUCAGAGAAGAAGGACGAGCUUGGUCUCCCCACCAGAGCCAUCGAGUUCAUACGGCGAUACCCCUCUGUUUUCGAGGAGUUCACAGACGCCGCCGUUGGAAAGCGACCUCUUGUGCGUCUAACGGCUGAGGCGAUCAGGCUGGACGAGGAGGAGCAGAGGGUUCUGGAUAGUCAGAAGCAGGACGCUGCUGAUAGGCUACUGAAAUUAUUGAUGAUGACGGGGGAGAAGAGGCUUCCCCUGAGAGUCAUCGAUCAAUUGAUGUGGGAUCUCGGCUUGCCGGAUGACUAUGCCCGCCGGUUGGUGCCGGAUUUCCCCGAUUACUUCGAGAUUGUCGAUUUGGGGCCGCCGCGUCAUGAUCCUGCUCUGGAGCUGGUUUGCUGGAGCAAAGCUCUCGCCGUCUCCGUCAUGGAGAAGAACGCCAUUAAGGCAGACGAAGGAGGCUACAGAAAAGGCAUGCCGCUCGCGUUUCCGAUGAAUUUCUCCACAGGGUUCGAUCUGGAGAAGAAGGUGAAGCGAUGGGUGGAUGAAUGGCAGAAAUUGCCGUACAUUUCGCCUUAUGAAGACGCUUCUCACCUGCACCCAAAGAGUGAUUUGGGGGAGAAAUGGAUGGUGGGCGUUCUGCACGAGCUCUUUCACCUCUUCAUCUCCAAAAAGACGGAGAGAAAUAACGUCCUCGCCCUCGGCGAGCAUCUUGGAUUCAGGCCCAGGUUUGCCAGGGCAUUCGCGCAUCACCCUGGCAUCUUCUACGUCUCAAACAAGCUCAAGACCUGCACCGUCAUCCUCAGGGAGGCCUACAAGAGAGACCUGUUGAUCGAGAAGCAUCCCAUGUUGAGCAUGCGGUUUCAGUAUAUUCGGCUCUUGAAGAUGGAGGCAGAUGGCGGGAAAAAUGCUGCCGCCGUCGCUUCGGCACAAUCGGAGUCUUCUGAGGACGAAAAAGAUGAGGAUGAUGAGGAAAGUGAAUCAGAUGGAGAUGGGGAUUCUUCAGAAUGGGAGAAGGAUGAGAACUUGACCGCGAUGACUACGACAAGGACGAGAUGAAGAUGACGAGGAGUGGGAUGACGGGCAGGCUACGGAAAGAAGAAUGCUUAUUAAGAUGAAGAGAAGCGGAAGCUCUUCUCCUUGAGCAGUCAUGUCUCUAGCUUGCAAAGUUGUGAAGGUGCUCUGAAUAGGAACGAUGGAAGGGGCUGCUACCGAUAAAUACACGUAUCGCCCGAAUGAUCCGAUAACAAUGAGAACGAGGAGAAGAGCGUACAGGUGAGGCCAUGAAAUGCAUAACUAAUUCUUGAAUCUGUUGAAUUCGCAUAUUCUCGUCAUCUAUCGAACAAAUGCGAAACUGCAGAGCAUCUGUAGGUUGGUAUCAUGCGAUACCUUGGAGGACGCUAUUAUCUUUUCUAGCAUAAUACAAGUACUUACAUGUGAAGAGAGGGCUCCCAAGCAUGGACACUAAGGGAAUCGAAUGUGCUAAUUUUAUUAUUCCCAACAUUCUUUCUGCGAGUAAGGAUAUAUUGGCGCCUAGGAGUUUUCAUUGAGUAGCCUUGAAGCAAUCCCUGCAAAAAUUUUUGACCAACCUCUCUUUGUUUUGCUUUCAUCGCUCUCUAUCUCUCUUUCUGUUCUUCUUGAUUUGCUGCUAUAGCGAGAGAGAGAGAGAGACUUUUUUCUGCGCUUUUGACAAACCAACGCUGCCAAUAUCUAGUUCUUGUAAGCUACUGAAUGUAUUAAAUAUAUGAUUUUAGUCUGAU